CGUAGCUUCCCCACAUUAGGGCUGAGGGAUCGUCGACCAUACUGGCUCAAGUACCAUGUGUUACAAAGACACUUUGUUGCAUCUCUCUGAAGGUCGUCUGACUCCGCGUCGUUCCGUCGCCUUCCGUGUCCUGGGUCUGAAUAGAAUUCUCAGUGGGUAACAAUGUAUCCUAUCCCAUGCCACAAACGCAUCACUAUGAUCCGUCGCGAUCCGUCGCGCGCCCCCUACCGGGAUCUAUGGAAGAUUCUAUACAAAUCUGAGUUAUAGCUGGAUCAUAUGAUCAUUCAAGCGGGAUACCUUCGUGCGGAUCUCGGGUUUAGUCACUGUCGCUUCAUACCUUGGCUAUUGAGUCAUUACCAAUAAUCGGUCUCCGAGCUUUGCGAUAGUGUAACUCUACCACAUUAGAUCUUCGAUGCUCUCGCCAGGGGGGUUCUUGUCAUUAUAUUAUGAGCCUCGUCCCCGAUCAUUCCCCUACUCGCUCAUCAUCAGCUAUCCAGCGAAUCACCGCAACCACCGUGAUCCAAAGGCUAUAUCAGAUUUUCUCCUUUCUUCCUCACUUUGAAAGUGAACCUCCUAAUUUCGAACCUCAUAGGCUUGCCUAGUAAAUAUCAACAUACAAACAAAUAAUCGCAAUGGCUAUCCUAUUAUACCGUGGGAACGAUGCUCUCAAUAUCAACCCCCCGAGUGGGAGUGAGGAGCUAAGUGUACACGGUAGUGACUGGUUAUGGGCGGUGACGGCUAUCUAUGUUGUCUCUUUUAUCGUCUUCUUCGCUAGCAGUUUCGUCGCUCGAGCCGGUGAGAAGAUCUUCCACUAUCUCUUCACCAUUGCUCUCCUCGUCGGUUCCAUCACCUACUUUGCCAUUGCUUCUGACCUGGCCUACGAAUCGAUCCCGGUGGCCAACUACAAGCCUGUCGACGGAUGGACUCGACAAAUCUUCUGGGCUGAGUACGUCAAUUGGGUUGUCAGCUUCCCCGUUGUCGCUAUUGCUCUAGGCCUACUAAGCGGUGUCUCCUGGGCUACUAUCCUGUACAAUGUUGCUUUGUCGUGGACUUGGGUCAUUUCUUACCUCGUCUCUGCCUUCACGACAUCCAACUACAAGUGGGGUUUCUACGCCUUCGGUACGAUCGCUUGGGUCCUCCUUGCCUUCAGCACCUUCUUUACCGGCUCGACUGCCGCUCGACGCUUCGACGUUGCCCGAGACCACACCUUGUUGGCGGGUUGGAUCAACCUUCUCUGGCUCCUAUACCCCAUCGCAUGGGGUCUUUCCGACGGUGGUAACCGCAUUGGUGUAACUCCGGGUUACAUCUUCUUUGGUAUUCUCGAUGUCCUGCUAGUUCCGGCUGUCUCUUUCGCCUUCCUCGUCCUCUCUCAAAGAUGGGACUACGGAAAGUUGAACAUCGCCUUCACUCGAUAUGGCCGUGUCCCGCAAGCCGGUGAAUUCCCCGAGAAGACUGCUACUGCUCCGGCUCAGCCCGUCGUCGGUGAACAGGCCGCAUAGAUAAUUAGAAUAUCUGUAUAAAGCCGUGCGACUUCGCCUCGCGUUGAACGUCUCUUGCAGGUCACUCUCGCGAGUCGCACAAUCCUUUUUCGGAUACACACCGUUGCCCAACCUAGAUCGGUUGUCAAGCAUGGUAGGCUGGGCCUGUCACUCUUUAUGAUGUGAUGAUCAUGAUCGUCACGAAACGUAAUAAUGAUAUUAAUAAUUGGGAUCUUGGA